GUUUGUUAUAAAUUUCCCAAAAUGAAAUUAGAUUUGUUGGCUAAUAAGAUUGAUAAAAAUAAAAAGGCCAGACAAUCUCAAUAUAAGAAAAGAAACUCGUUAGCCUUUGCAAUCAAUCAGGUCAAAGAUUUAUUAGACAAUCAAGAUUUAAAAAAUAUUCAAGUUGUAAAUGAUGAGCAAACCACAGAAAAUAUUGAAAUUACUAAUGAACAAAUCCAUCAAAAUGUUAAUGAUAGUCUCGUAAACGUAGUAUCCUUAAAAUAUAACUCCGAUUGCACUAAAAACAGUAGCUUUAUAGAUACAAUAGAUAUUGAUAAUCCUGAUUUAAGUUCAACAAAUUUUAACUUAUCCAAAUAUUGGGUGCAGAGAUACCAUCUUUUUUCUAAGUUUGAUGAAGGAAUUAAAAUGGAUGAAGAGAGUUGGUUUUCUGUAUGCCACGAAAAAAUUGCUAACCAUAUCACAUCUAGGUCCCAAGAUGAUAUAUUUAUAGAUGUGUGUUGUGGUGUUGGGAGUACAUGUAUUCAAGCAGCAAAUCAUUUUUUAUUUGUUUUUGGGGUAGAUAUUGAUCCUAUCAAAUUAGAAGCAGCAAAAAUAAAUGCAGAGAUAUAUAAUGUUGCAAAUUAUAUUGAUUUUAUACAGGCUGACUUUAGAAUUCUUUUUGAAAGAGGUUUUAGAAGACCAUUCAUUGAUGUCAUAUAUGUAGAUGUACCAUGGGGUGGUCCUAAUUAUCUUGCUAAUACUUCUAUAGAUUGUUGUGAUCCUAAUUUUUCAAUAAUAAACCUCCCUAAUGCAUACCAUUUAUGCAAAACUCACCAAAAAUCAAAACAAAUUAUGUUUAGUCUACCAAGAAAUACAUCAUUAAAAUCAAUAGGGCAAUUAUUUAGAAAUGAACCUUUUGAAAUAGAGAAAAAUUAUCUAAAAAACGCUUUUAAAAGAAUUACAGUUUACACAGGGGAUUUAAUAAAUGAUCCUAAUGAUAAAAAAUAUGUAAAUAACAUUCCAAAUGAAGAAUUAAAGAAUCCACCCAAGACUGUAUAUAAAAAUGUUAAAGAACCUAGUAAAGAUAUUAAAUUUGAUGAUAAUGAAAGAGAAAAUGAAUAUUAUGACAUUUGCCAGUAUGAGACAGAUGAUGUUUUUAGUGUGAUAAAUUCUUCUAAAAGUACCAAAAAUUCUAUUAACAAAAGAAAAUUACCUGAACUAAACCAAGAAGAUCCUUUUAGUAAAGAAUUAUUGGAUUUACAAAAUUUAAUGAAACCCUCAAAUAUCAAAAAAUUAAUAUAAAAAUUACAAAGCAUUUUUUUGUUAUGCUUAAUAUAUUUGAA